UACGGACGCAUGCUUGGAAGACAUGCGCUUUGUGGCAAAGUCCUCCUUUUCUCCACACACGCUUCUAAGCCUCGGCACAUCUCCUCACAUCGCUACUAACUACACUUUAUUCAUCCUCCGUGUCAGGAUAAACUCCACUCGUCUCAGCCACAUUUGGAGAUUAUUAGGCCCGCUUAGCUUGAUAGUUGUUUGAGCGCGCCAAUUAGCUUAGCAUGCUAGUUAACUUAGCUUGUUAGCCGCUAACAAAGAGACGCGGAUUUGAUCAACACAUCGCUUAGUUAAGAUCAAGUGUGAGUGUAAAGUGUUGUGAUUGUGUGAAAAUGUGCGAAAGAACGAUAGAAAAGUAUGAGGAGGAACUUUGUUGUGUGAAAAUGUGUGAAAGAACGAUAGCAGAGUACAAAGAGGAACUUUCUCGUACAAAAGAAGAGAACGAGAGACUACGUCAACUAUUGGAGGCUGUUUUCAAGAAAGCUCAAGUUGUGUUACACAGAACAGACGUCUGUGAAAAAUAUCGCCCACCUGAGCAGCAGGAGGGGUCCUCCAGUAUGGAGCAGAAGAAGUCACAGUACCUCCACGUGAAAGAAGAGGAGCCACAACCCCCCUACUUUAAAGUGGAGGAAAAACAGCGGCUGUCCCCCCACUUCAUAAAGGAAGAGAAGAGACACCUCGUCAGUGUGAAGAGUGAAGAUGAUGAGGUCAAAGACGUCUGUGAAGAACAUCUUCACCCUGAGCAACAGAAGUGGAGCUUCAGGAUGCGGACAGAGGAGCCACAGCCCUCCCACAUUAAGAUGGAAGAGGAAUACCUUCAGAUCCCCCAUUUUAAAGAGGAAGAGGAGGACCAACUAACACCCCAUUUUAAAGAGGAAGAGGAGGACCCACUGAUACCCCAUUUUAAAAAGGAAGUGGUGGAUCCACUGACUCCUCACUCUAAGGAGGAAGAGGAGGACCCAGUGACCCCUUACAUUAAAGAGGAAGAGGAGGAAGAGGGCAUCAGUCAGCCUAAAUGGUUGGAGGAGUUCCCAGUGACUGGUGUCCCUGUGAAGAGUGAAGAUGAUGAGGUGAAAGGUGAAAGUGAGGAGAGGGGAGGGGGGGAGCCUCCAAGCAGCAGCUCAACACAACACAUGACAACAGAAGCUGAUGGAGACCACUGUGGAGGAUCACAAGCAGACAAGCUCUUAGCUCCACUAUCAGAUAGUGAGGACACAACGUCACACUCUCCUGACACUGAUGAUGAAGACUCUAAAGAUGAUAAGACAUGUCACACUGACAACACUCACUUCACAUCUUCUCACUCUCACAAAACCUUUAAAUACCAUAGUUCUCUGAAAAGACACAUGAGAACACACACUGGAGAAAAACCUUUUUCUUGCUCAGAAUGUGGUAAAGGUUUUACACGAAGUCAACAUUUGAAAGUACACAUGAGAACACACACUGGAGAAAAACCUUUUUCUUGCUCAGAAUGUGGUAAAGGUUUUACACGAAGUCAACAUUUGAAAGCACACAUGAGAACACACACUAGUGAAAAACCUUUCUCUUGUUCAAUCUGUGGUAAAGGUUUUAGAGAAAGUCAACAUUUGAAAAGACACAUGAAAACACACACUGGUGAAAAACCUUUUUCCUGUUCAACCUGUGGUAAAAAUUAUACUCAAAGCCAUAAUUUGAAAACACACAUGAGAAUACACACUGGAGAAAAACCUUUUUCAUGUUCUAUCUGUGGUAAAGAUUUUACUAAGAGGCCACAUUUGAAAAGACACAUGAGAACACACACUGGAGAAAAACCUUUUUCAUGUUCAAUCUGUGGUAAAAAUUUUACUCGAAGGCAAAAUUUUAAAACACACAUGACAAUACACACUGGAGAAAAAACCUUUUUCAUGUUCAAUUUGUGUUAAAAAUUUUACUCAAAGGCAAUCUUUGAAAGUACAUAUGAGAUUACCACUGGAGAAAAUAAAAUUUCCUGCUCAGAAUGUGGUAAAAGUUUUGUAAUAAAUCAAGGUUUAAAAGUACAUUUGAGAACACACACUGGAGAAAAACCUUUUUCAUGUUCAAUCUGCGGUAAAGAUUUUACUCAAAAGAAGCAUUUCAAAGCACACAUGACACUACACACUGGAGAAAAACCUUUUUCAUGUUCAAUCUUUGGUAAAAAAUCUAUUCGAAGGCAACAUUUAAAAACACACAUGAGAAUACACACUGGAGAAAAACCUUGUUCCUUCUCAUAAUGUGGUAAAAGUUUUGUCAUAAGACAAAGUUUAAAAGUAAAAAUGAGAACACACGCUGGUGAAAAACCUUUCAUAUGUUCAGUAUGUUGUAAAAGUUAUAUAGAAGGACGACAAUUAAAAUUACACAUGAUAUAGCACUCUGGUGAAAAACCAUACUCCUGUUCAAGCUGCGAUAAAAGCUUUGGUCACCUAAACACUCUUACAGUGCAUAUGAGAACACACGCAGGUGAGAAAGUGUUGAGUUGCAGUGUGUGUGGUGAAAGAUUGUCUUCUAAGUAGCAGUGUAAGAAACACAAGUGUGCUGGUGAGAACAGCAGCAGCAAAUGAAACUGCAGGAUUUGAAAUAAACUGUCCAGACUUUCAUUUUGACUUUCUAACAACAUCAGCACAUAUAACAUGUGUGACAUUGUUGUUUGUCUAACACUCUGUUUAAUAUGAUCUUUACAUUUAUAGAUUAGACACUUCAGAUUAGUGUGUUUAUCACAGUCAAGUACAUGAGUUAAUAUACACAUUUGUGUACUUUAAAAUGAACACAACAAUUUGACUGAAAGGGUGAGAAUAAACAGUACAUACAAUUAUGUUACAUGCAAUAAACAUUGUAUGUGUAAAUAUCCAUAAUUUACCUCUAUACUUAUUCAUAAUAGUGUUUUAUAUGUUUUUUGAAAAAUUACGUGUUACAUAUUUUAUUUUCUAAUUGUAGAUAAUUCCAUAGAUGAAUUCCUUUUAUACGAUGUACAUAUUUGUUUUACAUGUGUUCAUACCUUUGCUUUUGAGUACACAUAAAUCCCUCUUAGUUCAUAUGUACUGGUUCACAUCUGAAACAUCUUCUGGACCACUUCUGGAAGCAUAUUAUUAUUUACUUUAUACAUCAUUUGAACAGUUGUCUUUUAUACAAGAUCUUUUACUUUUAUAAUGUGUGAUUUUUUGAAUAAUUUGUUGGGUCUCUAUAAUCCAUUCUAUGACUUAUCUUUAUUACUCUCUUUUGUAAUAUGAUGAUUGUUGUGUUAUUGUUUUAUAUGUAUGUCCCCAGACUUUUAUGCAAUAAACAAUGUAUGUUUCAA